AUGGGUCAGACUCUAUCAGAGCCAGUGGUUGAGAAGACUUCCUCCGAGGGUCAGGAUGAAUGCUGUAUCUACGGUGUCUCAGCUAUGCAGGGCUGGCGAAUCAGCAUGGAGGACGCCCACGCUGCCGUGCUAGACCUCCAGGCAAAAUACACAGAGAAUACCGACAAACCGACCGACCCCGCCAAGCGACUGGCCUUCUUCGGUGUAUAUGAUGGUCAUGGUGGAGACAAGGUGGCAUUGUUUGCUGGGGAUAAUGUCCACAAGAUUGUCUCGAAGCAGGACUCGUUCGCUAAAGGCGACAUCGAACAAGCGCUGAAGGACGGCUUCUUGGCCACGGAUCGGGCGAUCUUGGAAGACCCGAAAUACGAGGAAGAAGUAUCCGGCUGCACAGCUGCAGUCAGCGUCAUCUCGAAGCAUAAGAUUUGGGUGGGCAAUGCAGGUGAUUCGCGCUCGGUUUUGGGUGUCAAGGGCCGCGCAAAGCCCCUCUCGUUCGACCACAAACCACAGAACGAAGGCGAGAAGGCUCGUAUCAGCGCUGCGGGUGGCUUCGUCGACUUUGGCCGUGUCAACGGCAACCUGGCCUUGUCUCGGGCCAUUGGUGAUUUUGAAUUCAAGAAAAGCGCCGAAUUGUCACCAGAACAGCAAAUCGUGACCGCUUAUCCCGAUGUGACCGUCCACGAACUCAGCGAUGAUGAUGAAUUCCUCGUGAUUGCAUGCGACGGAAUCUGGGAUUGUCAAUCUUCUCAACAAGUCAUCGAAUUUGUCCGGAGAGGUAUUGCCGCCAAGCAGGAUCUCCAUCGCAUCUGCGAGAACAUGAUGGACAAUUGUCUCGCGUCAAACAGUGAAACCGGUGGUGUCGGAUGCGACAAUAUGACCAUGGUAAUUGUCGGCCUUUUGAACGGCAGGACUAAGGACGAAUGGUACAGCCAGAUUGCAGAGCGGGUUGCGAACGGGGAUGGCCCUUGUGCGCCGCCUGAGUACGCUGAAUUUCGUGGCCCUCGCAAUCGGAACCGAUUCGUGGCAAACCCGGACGACUAUGAAAUGGACCUUGACCGAUCCCGUGGACUCAGUGGCCUCCGCUCGGGCCGGAUCAUCGUCCUUGGAGAUGGAACCGAGGUGAUUCCCGACCAGAGCGAGGAGUUGUUCGAGCAAGCCGAGGAAGAUCAGGAAGAGCCUUCGACUACCGGCCAGGCGCAAAGUGAAUCCCCCGACACCACCCGGAACGAUCGCGAAGAUACCCCUGGGCCCCAGGCUAAGAGUGAAAGUGGUUCGGCCAAUAUAUCGGAAUCUCCUGCUUCCACGACGGCGAACAACAAUACCAGCGGGGCAGAGAAGAAGUCCUCGUAGUUUGAUUGAUUGACCGUCCUCUUUAUUCUUUUGGCUUUUGACAACGAUACAUUGUGAUUUUACGACGUGUUUUAUUUCUUCUCUUAUUCCCCUCGUCAUUUUACCUUCAAUGUUAUGUACCCCCUUAUCUGUUCUUUUAUGUGAUAGUGAUGCGGCGGAACGGUGAGGAGUUUUAUUCCAUUUUCUUUUCAUUCUGGUCCCAUUUCUACGUCUUCUACUUCUCUGCUAUUGCUGGAGACCAUGGGGAUCAGAGGGUUUUACCAUAUAGGAUAGCGAUGGAACCCAACCGCGAGCGGUGAGCCUCGACGGGAAUGCGCCUUGGGGGUUUAUGCUUUGAUAUACAAGAUACCGCAGAAAACGUCGACUUUGAUAUAUUCAUUCUUUUCCGGGGGGAAGAGGGAGGGGGGAUGUAUGGA